UUUCGUUGCCGCGAUAUCAGUCACCGUGAAGCGCACCAACGGGAAGGAUGCUGACUACGGGUUACAUCUCGCGAGAGCUCUAGGUCAGGUUCAUCGAUUAACUCGGUAUCGUCUACGAAACGGCCGUUUUUUGUCUACACCAACUAGGUUCUCGGUUGUCCGGGAUUCAGUCUGCAUCUUGACGCGAUGCGAAACGGACGCGAUUUCGGGAAGAUUGCUCCUUUGGGUGUUUGUCGGCGGAGUGUGAAGUUCAGUCAGUUGUGUAGUUUGACGGUUUCGUGAACUCCGGCCGUUUUGGAGAAUUGAUGGCUCAAUCCGAUAUGAUUAUUGUGUGGUGACCAUGUGGCCGGGUGUCGUUGUUGUUGUUGUCGGGCUUUUUGUCGGGGGAUUUGCGAUGUAAAGAUAAUUGCGCUCGUUUUGUCGUAUCGUCGUUGCGUUUCGCCGUUUGCCGGAGAAUGGAGACGAAGGGGUCACAAUCACAGAUGACCCUUAAUCUGGAGUGAUUGGGGGCGCUAUUGUGAGUGAUUUAGCGAGCGAGUUGCUUGUUGAGGAGUAGUUUAUCGUGGAGAUUUUGCAUUCUUCUGCUUUGCGGAAACACAAACGGUGUUUUAUCGCGUGUUGGGUGAUCGUACAGAAGAAGCGAAGACGGUGUAUUAUUACAUGCAAAUAAGGUGUAACGUAGUUAUACAGUUGAAGUUAUGCCUCCCUAAUUGUAGUGCGUUCGGUGUUGUCUGUUAAGAUUAUCAACGAAUCAUAGAAAUAGUAGAUUUAUAGUUUUAAUUGUGAGAGUUAAGGAGAUUCCGGGAGCAAGAGAAGAAAUACAGUUGAAACCGAAAAUAUAUGUGAUUAGUUUGUGGAGAUUUCGAAGUGAUUGUGUAUUAACGUAGAGAUGAAAGAAUUUAGUGUAAAAAUAUAACAAGGAUUAACAAUAGAUAAUCGAGCUAAUAUUAAGCCAUGACAACUAUUUCAAGUCAAAAAGUUCUUUUGAAAAUUACCAUCCAUUGCAACGUGUGUUAAUAAGCCAACAGUUUGUGUACCGUGCGGAAUUAUAAUUAAUGAAAUCGUUAAUUAAAUUCUCCAAACAACUUAAAAAAAAAGUUCAACGAUUUUCGUGCUGGUGAAAAUUGAUACUCGACAAAUAAUCAUCGCAACGUUGCGGAAAGUGCACAGUGGUUAACUGGCAGGUGCUGUUUCCGAAGAAUUGAUGCGUUCGAAAACUGCCGGGAAGUGUCGAAGGUGUCAGUGAAUGAUUCAAUUACAGAGUUUUUUCAACGGUAAUUGGGGUAGUUGCGAUAUCUGUUUCGGUCGGCGGAUUGCGUUCCUGAGCGGAAUACUUCGACAAGCGGAAACUUGUGUAAAAAAAAGCAGGAAAUGGGCUACAUGUAACGGCUUUCCCGGAUCACAACUGAAUUGAAGAUUGAUGCAAUGAUACCAACGAAUUGACUACUUUGAAGUUUCCCAGCUUCCACCACAAACCCAUCGUCAUCAUCACCAUGGCAAGAGCGAUACCAUCAGCACUAGCAUCCUCGCAAUUAUUCCUUUUGGCACUGUUCACCUUCCUGAGUGUGGGCGACACCCAGCAGGACAACAGUGCUCAACAGUCCCCGUUGCACCAGCUCCGAGUCAACUCCUACCGACCCUGGUGGACGCCAAGGACACAGAACCUUCUCAUCCCCCUGGACGAGGAUGCCGUCAGAUGGGCGAAUCGAUCCAUGGUUUAUCCUAGAACAACAAACUCGUUAAGUUCAGCAUCAGGACCAUCAUUGCCAGCAACCAUCGGUGUCCUGAAAAACCUAUCAUCGACUCCGACCGGUCCCAGCUUCGAAGGUGGCCCCUCUGGACCCAGACUGGCUGUUCUGGUGAAGCGCGAUGUAAUUAAAGUGCAAGAAUCUCCAUUAUUAUCAUUAUCAUCAUCAUCAUCGCCAUCGUUGAAGUCGUUGUCAGCUUCGACGAUGAGUGUGAGAAUCGACCGGUCUUUAGAACCCAGUUCCGAGGGAAAGCCACCAGCGAUGACGACGUCAAAUUUUAAUGGCGCAAUUUGUCGUGACGGAAACAACGUCGGGACAGAGGCGGAGCAAGGCUCCGGAAGCUGUGCCCUGGUCAACAACGGCACUAAAUCACCCCUCGCCGCAGGUCUGGACGGAAACCAGACCGUCGUCACGCCGUACUACACCAUCGUCAACCUGGACAACCAUAAUGACGUCCUGUGCGACGAGGAGUACGACACCGAGGAGUACAACGAGAACUGUUUCAUCGAUCAUAAUGUGACCUGCGUGGGCGACCCCCUGUACUGCAAUCUUACGUACGACGAGUACCGGCAGCUAUUGAUGGACUAUAUCUACCCGUCGACGGCCGAAUGGAUCCUGAUUGCAUCGCACUCGGUCGUGUUCAUAAUGGGGCUGGUCGGCAACGCACUGGUCUGUAUCGCAGUCUAUACCAACCAUUCGAUGCGCACCGUGACCAACAUCUUCAUCGUGAACCUGGCGGUGGCGGACUUUUUCGUGAUCCUGUUCUGCCUUCCGCCGACCGUCGUCUGGGAUGUGACCGAAACGUGGUUCAUGGGCAAAGCCAUGUGCAAGGUCGUCAUCUACUUUCAGACGGUUUCGGUGACGGUAUCGGUCCUGACGCUGACAUACAUCUCGAUCGAUCGGUGGUAUGCGAUUUGCUUUCCGCUACGGUACAAACCUCGGCCGGAACGUGCCUGGCGGUUCAUUGCCGUUAUCUGGUUGAUUGGCUUCCUAUCAGACCUUCCGGAGUUCCUGGUGCUGACGACCCGGCGGAAAAAACUACGCUUCGACAUCAAGCUCUUCACACAGUGUGUGUCCACUUGGGACAACGAGAAGGAGAAAACCUUCUACAUCGUCAAGUUCGUGUUCCUUUACUCGUUACCGCUUCUGUUUAUGACGAUAGCGUACUUUCAAAUUGUACGAGUUCUGUGGCGGUCCGACACCAUUCCGGGCCAUCGGGAAUCCCGGACGCAACCCUACGGCAUCCACAGCACCCGGACGACGCUGAACUGCGUUGGGAACACGAGCACCAUGGGCCAGCUGCGAGCUCGCCGGAAAGCGGCCAAGAUGUUGGUGGCGGUCGUUGUCAUGUUCGCCAGCUGUUACUUUCCGGUGCACAUGCUGAAUGUGGCCAGAUACACAUUCGACAUCGGGCAGAGCGACGUGGUGGCCGUGCUGUCGCUGUUUUCCCAUUGGCUUUGCUACGCCAACAGCGCCGUCAAUCCUGUGAUUUAUAAUUUUAUGAGUGGCAAGUUCCGUCGGGAGUUCAAAAAUGCGCUGGAAAAGUGCCACUGCCUGCGGAAUCCGCGAGGGCUGGGAGGACGCGUCGGUGGCUACGAUGACCGUUCGAUGUACCACACGGCCACCCGUAUGAAUGCCAGCCCCAGCAGUCGAAGCAACUACCACCUGACCAGUCACACGCAGCAGACAUCCUUCAACAAUGGCAGUCGCCAUCAUCACGCCCGGAACAGCAUCAAUCAUCCGGGCAGUUUGACCGGCGCUCCGCAGAUCUCCCCGGUGUCCUUCGAGGAGCGGAUGGCCCUUACCAAGAACAUGGACGGCAACAUUGGCUGCGGUGACCCCACCAUGGCAGGAACUGCCACCAGUGUUGCCAGUCGAGCGGAAGGCAACAGUAGUGGUCACGUUGGCGCCAACAGCAACACCAAUCAUCAUCAUCUGCAUCAUCAUGGCGUUGCGUGCAACGGAUCGACACCGGAUGCCCCGGCGACCACCACCGGAACUGCACCUCCCACCAACGGCGGAUCCAGUUCCAUGCUAAUGAUUGUGAAUAAAUCGAGCAAUUGUAAGAUUAAUGGCACUUGACGCGCGAAGCUGCACGUUUCCUGGCGAAAGAAUCGCACCCCCGGCAACAACGAGUGCAGCGAGCGGCCAACGGGAGGGCCACGGGUGGGAAUGCAGUUAAAUUAAUGGGUUGAACGGCCAUUGCGGGCAGAGAGUAAUUAAAGGAAACAGCACAGACAAACGGGCGUAACACUGACGAAAUUUCCAUCGGCCAUUCAGUUAACGAUCAUUUCAUGCAACAUGGAUGGAUUUCAAAGAUACAUGUGUUACACUGUUACAUCCGUUUAUCUUUGGAAACAGUAUUGCAACGAUGGGCAGUAAUGAGUAAUUGCCAGAGGCGAUGGGGAUUGCAUGUGGACGGUCGGUGGGUGGCUUGCGUGGGAGAGAAAAUGCAACGUUUAAUGGAUUUCCGUAUCGGAUUAAGAUUGAUCGUUGGUCAAUUCAAUAGGUGUUGGAUUGAUGAAUGGGUUGACGAUUGAAAAGUAAUACAUAUGUUUAUCGAGAUAUGAAGAAAUUGAAUUGAAUUCAUCGAGAAAUGCAUGCAACCAUUAUAGGGAUCGUUGGUGAAACGUUUGAAAGAACGCUUAGAGCUAACAAGAUUCCUGAGAAAAGUUAGAACGAGAACACAAAUAAGUCAUGUUUUGGUUUCUGGUAAGUUAUGUUUUUGAGGACAUCUAUUUCUAACUGUUAGAAGGAAACAUUCGGUAAUUUUGGGAUUAAAUCCUUAUGGAUUCACUGGAAAUACAUAUCUUGUAGCAUCUCAAAACAAAAUUUUGAAUGUUCUACUUGAAAAAAUCUGAAUUGAAAAUGAACUUCUUGGAAACGUUUCACAAGGAAUUUCAAAAUGUAUUUUUUCUUUGGAAUCUUUUUCAAAAUUUCCGUUAUAAACUCCUCAUAAAAACACUGAGUCAACCUGGAUGCCCAUCAAUGACUACAGCGCAGCAGAUUGUAGAGGUUUAUCUUUGUUCGUCAUAAGCUUCUUCUUUUUUUUUUUUUUUUUUUUUU